UUUCGUCCGCGUCCGGCGUCCACCUGGGCCAGCUAACUUGCUAUAAUACGAGACGGCCCACGUCGUAGUCCCCAUACCCACCACAUCACAAUGGAAUUCACAGCCUCCCCACUCCCGCCAGCGCCACACGCCGUCCCCUGCCUCGCGCAGAUCACGUUGGGAUCCGACGGUCCGCGCCACUCAGCACUCAUGGCGCUGACCGUGGACGCGACCGCCACCGACCGCGCAGACAUCGGUGUCGUCGCGCGCAAAGUAUAUUGGCGCGCGCGCGUCGGCGUCGAUCUCCCAUCGCGCUCUCUCAUUAUCACACCAUCACGCUCAAUCGAGCCAUUGCUAGACGGUCCCCCGGCGCGCGAGCACCCCGAGCACAGCUCGGGCAAGACACACCUGUUCCACAAUCACAACCACGUCAAACCCCAGCCCGAGCCCGAGCCCGUCACCACCUUCCCCGGCGUCGUGGACGGGCGUCCCCUCGCUGCCAUCCGCGUGCCUCUUAGCGCGCUCGACUCAACGCACUGCGUAGUCAACACUGAGCCGCCGGCGUACAUCCUCAUUCCUGUAGCGACUGAUGAUCCCCACGACGCCGCUACGCUCCGGUUUGAGUUCGACUCGUGGCUCUGCGGCAAGGCCGACGUUGAGAUCCUCGCGGGACAAAUCCACCAGGCCCUUGAGGACCACGGGAAGCCAAUUCCCGCGCCGGCCGCCACUGAGCACCGCACGCAAGAGGGCGUGCGUGAGGGCCGGGACAACGACGGCUCUACGCAUCCGUCGGGCGACGCGCCGUACGACCCCGAAUGGAAGAAGAGCUGGUGAUGUAGAUUAGAGAUGUAUAGAUGGUGCCCAAUGUACCCGUUGGGUCAGAUUCGAGCGUUGUCA